AUGCGCGGCCUGCAACAGAAGCUGCUGCUCAUGGGAUCGCGUGUCGACGACGAGAUGCUGGGACGUGUGCUGCUGACAAGUUGCAAGGAAGCGUAUCCAACGACGGUGGAGAUCCUGCGUAGCCGUGAGCCUGCCCCGACGUUGAAGCAAAUCAUCGAUCGUCUCCUGGCCAAGGAAAGUGAAGCGCGACGUGUCGUGGCUGUCAAGCGCAAGGUGGAAGACGAUCAAGUCCUGUACACGUCCAAGGAAGGUGCUGCCAAGCCAUGGAAGAAGCAUGCCAAGGACAAGUGUCUUGGACUGUCGAUUCAAGAAGCGCGAUGUGGCCAAGGGUAUCCAGCGCAAGUGUCUUCCGCUGCCUGA